ACAAUUCAAAUAAACAUUUCAAAUUCUAGGAAUAUGUUACAUUGCGGAAGACCAAAAUCAAAAGAAAGAAAAUUCUAGAAAUAAUCAAGAGGAUAAGUGUGUCUUUUCGAAUGACAUAAUGGUGAAUAAUACAAAUUGGUUGGAUACACUGUAUAAAGCAUGUAGACAAUUGGGCUAUUCGGAGGAUGUAAAUUCAACGAAUAUUAGGGCACAUAUGUCACCAAAUCUUAAACUUUUGUACUGUAGAGUUAAUAAAUGUGCAUCCACAAUGACACUAGAAUUACUUAAACAGCUGUUUAGCUGCGAUACAGAAUGCUUGAUAAAAAAUGCUGAACGUGUUCGUCUAAAUACAAACGCAAGACAGUUGAUGGAUGACGCAUUUUCAUUUAUGGUUGUUCGUGAACCUUAUGGUCGUUUGUUUUCCACUUAUUGCAAUAUUUUCUAUUUCCCAAAGGAAGAUUGGCUUUACAGAGGAAUUAAACUCAUAAAACUUACACGGUUAAAUAUUUCAUAUGACAGUCUUACUUAUGGGCAUGAUUUAUCUUUUUCUGAACUAGUUAAAUACACUGUGGACACAUAUGAAAAUAAUGAUCGUUUGGACGAACAUGUUCGACCAAUGCACCAUAAAUCCUGUAAUCCAUGUGUUUUUAAGUUUGAUUAUAUCGCACAUCUUGAGACGUUACAAAACGACUUUGAUUUCAUUUUUAAUAACCUACAGGAAGAAACAGUCGGAAUGUAUCAAAAGGAUAUUCUGAUCUCCUUGAAACAAUGGACUACUUUGGGACCGAUAAAGCAUUUAUUUAGAACUAUUCCUUUGCUGAAAGAUUCAAAUAUAUCUUUGUAUGAUGUUUACCUUCGUGCAUGGUGUUAUUAUCAAAUUACAGGACAUGUUUUAAAAACAAUUAACUUUCCAUAUAACGAAACCAAUCUGAAUGACAUAAAAAAAGAAGACUUUUUAAGUGAGUUGACGAAAGCAAUGAAUGUAUCAGCAGUUUAUAAAGAUAAAUUAAAAUUACAGAGAGCGGAAGCGAUGCUUCAGGCUUAUUCAACAAUAUCUGAUGAUUAUAUGGAGCGAUUAAGCAAUGUCGUUUUAGGUGAUUGUCUUUUAUUUGGAUAUGAAAACAAACCGGCACAUCUAUUUGAUAAAACUAGUUGUUUACAGAAGAAAUCGAAAUUUGAUUAUUUUAAGGGUUUAUGAAUCCUUUAAGGCAUUUUUGUCAAUGCAAAUGUGUUAAGAAAAUUUACAGGUACUGUUAUAUUCUUUGUUUUAGAUAAUUACUAGUAUAGUGUAUAUUGUUUGUUUAAUUUUAUCUCAGGGUGGCUAAUUACAUCGUCAACUUUAUGAAAUAAGCAAGCAGAAUAAUAAUUUCGUAUAAUAGUGAGGCGGGCAUUGAGAAAAAAAGUGCAAAUAGUGAAACCUGCAUGAAACUUUUAGGAAAUCAUCUUCAGAUCAUGUUGAUGUUUAAGAGAGAAGUGGGUAAAAAACUGCUAUUUCAAGAUGGUCUCUAUUUUCAAAAUUAUAAUAGCUCAUGCAGUCAAUUUUUUACAGACCUGAAACUUACACCAAAGUUUGUAUUAAGUUAUUUCGCUACAAAAAUUUUAAUCUUAAAACAA